CUUUAUGAAUCCUAGGUUUCUAUAUACUUACUUCUCACCACAGCUCUCCUUUUUAGACUACUUCCUCCACCACACCGGCCAUAUAUUAAAAAUAUCAUCAACACCCCCUCUCUAAUCAUUAUAUAUAUUAUAUAUAUAAUAUAUAUAUAUAUAUAUAUGUAGAGAUUAAGAGAUAAAAAGUUUAAAGAGCUUUUGAUCCAUCAUUUUUUCUUACCGGAAAAAUGUGGGAUCUAAACGGGUCACCUGAUCUGAGAAUAGAACAAGCAGUACAAGAAUACAAUACGAACAACAGUAAUGGUAAACGGGUCGGAUCCGUAUCAAACUCCAGCUCAUCCGUCGUCGUUUCCGACGCCUCCGAUGAUGAAGAUUCCGAGAAGGGAAUUUCAAGAAAACGCCUUUUUGGGUUCUCUAUGGACGGAGAUGGCCCGCCGGUGACGCAUCAGUUUUUUCCGGUAGAUGAUUCUGAAGUGGGUCCCACCACUUCGCUUUCGGUUGGUCAUGUAUCAUCCUCGGCUGGUUCUACUUUUCCGGCAGCUCACUGGGUGGGUAUUCAGUUUUGCCAUCAGUCGCCGGCAACCGGUAGUGGGUAUAUCGGAAAAGGUGCCGGAGGGGAGGUUCCACAGCCACUGAAGAAAAGCCGGCGUGGACCACGUUCUAGAAGCUCACAAUAUCGUGGAGUUACUUUUUACCGACGAACUGGCCGAUGGGAAUCACACAUAUGGGAUUGUGGGAAGCAAGUUUAUCUUGGUGGUUUCGACACUGCACAUGCAGCUGCACGUGCCUACGAUAGGGCAGCUAUCAAGUUCCGUGGAAUGGAGGCAGAUAUAAAUUUCAAUAUACAAGAUUAUGAAGAUGACCUCAAACAGAUGAGCAAUCUGACCAAGGAAGAAUUUGUGCAUGUACUCAGAAGACAAAGUACAGGAUUUCCAAGAGGAAGUUCAAAAUAUAGAGGAGUCACUUUGCACAAAUGUGGUAGAUGGGAAGCAAGAAUGGGCCAAUUCUUAGGAAAAAAGUAUGUGUAUCUGGGUCUCUUUGACACUGAAGUAGAAGCUGCCAGGGCUUAUGACAAGGCUGCAAUCAAAUACAAUGGAAAGGAUGCGGUCACCAAUUUUGAUCCUACAAGUUAUGAAAAUGAGUCAAGUGUUACUGAACCCACAAACAAUAAUAUUGAUCAGGAUAACAAUGCGACUUCAGGUCACAAUCUUGAUUUGAGCUUAGGACAUGGUUCGGCCCAAAAUAAGCAAAGCAUUCGAGAUCAUGGACUUAGAUCCGUGGGCUUAGGAGCCCCGCGAAAUGAAGGAUUCAAUGACAUUGAUACACUGCAACUUUUGAACCGGACGCAUCUUCAGUCUGUUGGACCAUCCCAGGGUAACUAUGAGUCUCGUGGAUACGGGCAUCUAACGCGACCCAUUGACCCGUCUAUGGUUCAUAUGUUACGCCCACCACCGCUCAAUUCUUUGAAUCACCAAGUUCAGCGUUCGAGCAGCACGAUAAACAUGAACAAUGGCAUCGGAGGUUCUCUACAAAUGUAUGCAAAUAGUGCUGCAGCAUCAUCAGGAUUCCCACAACAAAGAUUUAAUAACAUGAGACAACAAGCAGCCCCAACCCAUACUCAAACAUGGAUGCACAACAAUGGCUACAGUACCCCUCUAUCUUGAAAGGACACUUGAACCAUCCCCCCUAUGUAAAAAGAUGCGCACCCUGACAAACUUCAGCCUAUUUUGUCUGUAUGUCUACAAAGAUCAAUGUUUUGUGCUCAAACUAGCUAAACUAACUAGGAUUCGUGAUCUUUGACUCUUUGAGGAUGUAACCAAAGAAAGAAUAUUUUGAUUCAUUUCUUUCUUGGAUUUGGGUGCUGAAUUUUAUAAGUAUCAAUUGUUUUUUUGGA